AUCGCCUUUUAUAGAUACCUGUAAAAAUACGGUUAUGAUUCAUUCGUUUGAUUAGCAACUUGUGACAAACAAUGUAAAGUAUUAAAUAUCGGUUACAGUUUAUGUGACACAGUAAGUUCGAACGGGUACCUACUAGAUUAACAACUUUCAUUAAAAUGGCGAGAAAUGAAAUAGACAGACUCCCAUUUUGGAUUUCUCCAGUGGUGGAGUACACUUUCUUUAUAUGCCAGAUGAGCAGUGAAACCCAAACGAAAUAUGAAAAUGCAUUUGAUCAAUAUGCUUUACAAUAUUUUGUGACUCUAAAAAGGGGCAUAUUUGCUGAAUGCUUGGCAAAACACGGCAUUGUGUGUGAAAUAGUAAAUCAGGAUAGAACUAUUCUUCUUCAUUGUCCCGAUGACCGCAGCCCCGACACAAUUUAUAACAUUUUGAACGAACUCCUAAAGAGAAAAUGUAAUGACUAUGCAAUAGAUUUACAGGCUCCAGAUGGAGACAAGUUUUCAAGACAAAUCAGCAAUAAGGGACCGAUGCAGGUGAUUCAUGGAUCAGCAAUCGUUAUCAAACAUGACACAAAGAUUAUUUGUGUGUCUGAGAGUAUUGACUGUCUUGAUAGGCUUUUAGUUGAAAUUGGCUAUAACGAAGUUGAGCUACUCGAUAUAAAGCAAUUUGGGCCGAAUUUGUCAUUGCUUGGUAUACAAGAUGUGUGUUUGCAUCCAAAUAUUCAGAACAUUUCAGUUCAACAUAGGCAGCAUACAUACAGUUUAGAAUGGAAAGGACGAGCAAUAAAAAAAGGAGACGUGCUUAUUCGCGAAUUUUUGAAAAGCUGCUCAGAAAGAAAUAUUGAAUUUGUUGAAGGAGAUAAGCGUCGUCCUUACACUGAACUUGCUUGCAAAGUGAUUUUUGAUACAGAUGGCGAUAUCAAUCAGUGUUAUGAUAUGUACUUGAAACGUACAAGCACAAGUAAAAAGAUUUGCACCCACUUCUCCUUGGUCCAAAAGGACGGAAGACUUGUUCUUUACGGAAGAGAUGGGGACGUUGAUAUUCUAAAGAAUAACGUAGAGGGAUCAAUCUCAAAGCACAAUCUUGAAAAAAAACUGUUUACACAAAGUGAUGUUUUGAGUUUUUUGGAAAAAAAUAAAGAGAAACUUUGGUACGAUACGAGGACCGGAGCAUUAGUCUGCACGACAGAUCUGUCGCAGGAAGUAGAAGAUUUAUGCACACGAAUAACAUUAACAGAGGUGUUUAAAGUUAAUCCAGCUGCAGAUGACAGAAAAAUAUUUAUGCCUGUCGAUAAUCAUUUUCUCGAAGGUUCAAGCGUUCAAUCCAUUAUGGGCAGGAAUAAAUGUUCAUUAAGUUUGCAUGCCAAUCAACCAAAAGCGGCCAUUAGUAGGAAAGACCUUUUAAAGAGAUGGGUCGAUCCAUAUGGUUCCACACAGAUAUGGGUUGCAGAGAUGGGUACAGAGAUUCCUUGUGUCGAUAUAUGUAUUGUCUUUACAGCUGACAUGCUUCGUCAUCUAGGUAUAUCGAAUCCCAUAUCAGAUGAAGGCAAUUCAGAAACGUCUGAAGAAGGUUACGGAAAAAAAAAAACCUUCUAUGGCCCAUUUCCUUUUGCUAACGCAUGUAUUUGUUGUCGUGAGAUUCAUCUUGUUGGCGUGAAGAUGACAGAAAAUAAAAGGCUAAUGGAAUGUUUUGUUAAAGAAAUAACAUGUUCAAGAGACAAGGGUACCCAUAGAUUGGGCAUAGUUGCUGCCAUCGGCGAAAACCAAGAGGAAUCGGCUUGUGGAUAUGUUAUAUCUCAGUUUGUCAAUGCUGUACGGGAAGUUCUACAUCUACAAAGACCAACAUAUACACAGGAUGUAUACAUCGUUGUAGAUAAAAGGCAAAUAUUGGAGGCAGAAGAAAAUAUUGAAAUUUAUCUUUCUGGAACCUUCAAGGUUUUUAGACGAGAAAAGUAUCAUGCAGCUACGCCAUUCAAAGGGAAAACAAUUGAAAUAAAGUUGAUACAAGGAUCAAUUACCAAGUCUUCUAGUGACGCUAUCGUGAGCACAACAAGUACAUAUCUCGACCUCUCGAACGGGUCUACCAACAUCGAUAUCUCUCGGGCUGACGGACGGGAACUUCGAAACGAAUAUAAAGUUUUUUACCCAGAAGGGAUUGAAAAAGGAAUUAUUGCAUUUUGCCAGACGCAUCGAUUGAAAAAGGAAAAAGUCAAAUUUAUUUUGCUUGGAGUCCUCGAUAAAUAUAUUUUUCAAAGCUUUGAAGCGAAUGUCAAAACUUUCGUGAAGUCCUGUUUGUUCUUGGCCGAAGAACUCGAGUGCCGUUCAGUGUCAUUUCCGGCGAUUGGUGUAGAAACACUGAAAUAUCCAAGGCGUGAGACAAUCGCCUUUGUUCUGGAUGCAAUUGACGCAUACAAACUUGAAGUGAAGCACUCCGACAUCACCAAAGUGAAUAUAGUUUGUGCGGAAAAAGACAGAAAAACAAUCGAUGCCUUUAACGCCGCAGAAGAACGGCGACGACCAGACAGUUGCAUGGCAUCUCCUGAGAAGGGACAGAGGAGUUUCAAAGGACAAACAAUCGUUUCUAGUUAUUUCCAUUCCGCAAAUGUUACUAUAGUGCCAGUGGACGAGUAUUCUUAUUGGCCAUCAUUUGCUGUCCAUGUUAAGUUUUCGAAAGAAUUGAAAGGAAAAAAAGCGCAACGGAAAGAUUUUCAACUCAAAAAAGCAAUUGAUGACCCAGUGACAUGGAAUGAUGAAAUACAUUUCAAAACUAUAGAGUCACUGAUGACGGGACACCUUAUAAAUCAGUUGAAAGGAUUUCUCAACGACGAAAGAAUCACGUUCCUGAUCUGGAAUCUUGAUAGCAAAUUGAGAAUGCCAUACAGCGACCAGAUAGUUUUGACAGUUUCAAGUUUGGAAACUAUGCUCAAACCAGGAAAUUGCUACCUACAGAAUGUUGUGAUUUUACUAGACGACAACAGUGCAAUUGAAAGUCUUCAUACAAGGAUUAAUAUCGAUAGUACAAUAUCCUGGCAUCUGAGUUUAAAUGAGGCAGCCAGUGAAAGUUUGGAAAUGAUAGGGAGGACUCCAGAAUGUGCAUUGGAGGCAACAAAGGAGGUUUUACAAUUGAUAGCAGAAACAAAGAAUUCCCAAAAGAGCUCAAAGAGCCAAACUGACAUGGGUUCCCAGAAAGAUACAGAUGCCUUUCAAGACUAUGAGAAAAAAAACAAGAUUAAAACAAACGGAUCGCCGUCAGUUUCAGUCAUGUCAGAAUCAACACCAGGCAGACAAAAGCAGGGGUCUGUGAGGGAUAAAAAAUUCUUAAAGGGAGAUGGUCAGCAAACGGAACCUUUAGGUUCAUCCUCAAGCACUGGCUUCUCUGGAAUUGAAGCAACAAACAAAGCUCCUGAGAACACUGGGAAAAAUGAGAACAAUACAGAAGGUGACAACCCUCACACGAUAGCUCCCCAGAAGGAGAAACCAGUACUUUUAUCUCAGGGCACUAUCUUGUCUGGAGGUCCUGGGAAAAAUAAUGAAAGACAUGAUAAAUUCGAGAAUUAUGCUUCUGCUUCUGAACAAAGUGGAAUACAGAAUAAAAUUGUUCAAACCAGAGGACAAGAGAAUGCAGGCAAUGCAUACAUAUGUUCACCAAGCGUCGGUCCUGGGCCAUCAGGUGAUACGCAUGAUGAUCCAGCAGAUCAGCCAAACAUUGGACAAGGCACAAGGACAAAUGCAGAUGUCAAAGAAAGGCUUGAAGAAGAACCAUUUCAUGACAAACAAGAAAGUCUCUGUUUUGCCUCUGCUCCGAUUAAACAAACUGGAUAUGCUGGUAAGGGAAAAUCACAAAAUCAAGGCAAAGUGUCCUUGACUAAAAGAACCGAAUGCUCCCUUAAUGUUGACUAUGAGCUUAAUGAUGGAUGCAGUGACAACAAACAUCUAAAGGAAGAAACUAAAAAAGAAACAUACAAUGCACCCGAAAUGCAGGCAGAUUUUCUCUUUCGAAAAACAGCAAACACUGAAGCAGAUUUUCAGAACAAUCCAUCAUCAAAUGCUAUCAGGUUACAUGGGGCUUCUAAACAUCAAGAUAUUGAAAUCAGUCAAGAUUCUUAUUCUGGUUUACAAAUCAAAUCUAAAUGUUCUUACUGUGAUACACAAAAGCAUUCAUCUGAAUGUAGUAAAACAAAUGGCACGUACACCUUUUCCAAAGAAGGAGGCCAUUGGUGCAUUCUUGAUGCAAAGUCGGACGAAUUGUUAACCGUUCUAGAUUCUGAAGCUGAUGACAUCUACUUUAAAGGGAUGAAAUUAGUUGUUGUGGAUGGUACUUUUCACAAAAUAACAGAAGACAAUGGAGUUGUAGAACUACAAAUUGUUCAUAGACAAUCUUCUGCAUCGAAAACGUAUCAUAACCAAUUACAUAGCAGUACAAAGGGCCGCCGGAGUAAAUCAGCUGAGCAGUUCCAGGCAGAUAUUGAAAACAAUGUAGCAUCCAAGCAAGAUGUCUUGCCACCAUCUCCUCAAAUAAGGAAAAAGAACUGGACGAGAGCUUGGAACAAAGAUCAAACACUUGGAAACCCUUUAGGUACAGACUCACAGUAUCCUCAGAACAUUGAGACAGAAUCAACUCAGAUAGGCCUUACACCAUCAGGUGGUAGAGAGCUUCCUCGUGUUUAUGGAGAGGAUGAUGCCACAAGAUGAACUACGCAAACAAACAACCCCAGGCAGGAUUCAGCAUAAUUCCAGGUUGCUCAAAGAAAUAGAAAAGAUAUAUAUAAUGUGUUCUGCAUUUACGUUUUCGUGAUAGUUUGAAGUACUCGUAUCUGACACCUACUAUGCAUAUAUCAAUGCACGUUGUGUAAUGUAAUACAAACAUGUUUACAUUUUUAGUUUCAUGCAUAGCCAUGUUAUGUCACUCAAUGUAAAUUACUUUCUAAUGUAUGGUAUGAUUGGUUUGGUUACAUAAUAAAUUGAUUCAAUUUAAAUAAACUCCAUCAUACAGUGCUUCUUCGAUAAUGCUUCUCCUCCAGUAGAAACUUGUAGGUGUACUUUUCAAAAUGUAAUAUAAUCUCAUAUUAAUUUUGAAUGUUGAAACGAAUUAUCAGUGUCAUUGAACAGUGUAAGAGAAAGUUCUCAGAAAAUGUUUCAUUCAUAAUGUUCAACUGAUUGAUGGCCAAAGGUCAAACCUUAUCAAUGGAACUUUAAUUGUGUAUUUUGUGUUAGUUUAUAUAGUUACUAUUUAAUGCUGAUAUAUUUUAGUUAUGUACUUCAGGUUGUUGGUUCCAAUCUUUAGGCAACCUUUUUGUAUUAUUUGUUGAAAUGAUUGAUAAUUAUUUUAAUGAAAAAAACAUUGAAAGCAAUCAUGAUAUUUUAACAAUCUGGUACAUUGAAGAAAAAUUAAAACAAAUAUUGUUAAACCUAUGUUUUUUUUUAUUUCAUUGGUCUUAUUUACAAUGUGCAUUUAUUUAGAUGAUUUUAAGUUAUUUGUCUGAUGUAAGAAUUAUUAGCCAUUGCCGAAAGGAGAUAAGCCGAAGGAGAAAUAGUUCGUUUCCACUAUUAUUGUUAAUAGUUGAUAUUUAGUUUUACCAUGUUUUUGCAUGUCCUUAUGGUUGACAUAGGUGAGUAAAACAUGUUAGGAACAUAAGUUUAUACAUUCUUUAUAUAUUUUUACCAUUUUUUGUAUAUGUCAAUGACGUAUUACACGUUGUUAAUCGAAUUCAGUACACCUUACACGUGGGUUGGGUAAAAUACCAAAUAUUGUUUAUGACUUUCAAAGUAGUAUGACUUUCAAAGUAGUUUUCAAAGGCUUAAAAUGCAAAUUGAUUGUAUUGAAUUAUUUUAAAGAUGGUAGUUUAUUGAGUUUGUUAUCAAAUAUAAUAAAUGAUGUAUUGCCUUUGUGUUUAAUGGGUAAAAUAUCCAACUAUAAAGCAGUCAAGUAAAUGACGAUUGAAGCAUAAUGUGAUGAAGAAUAGCAUUUGAGUACUGACUAUCGUACUGCAUAUGAACAAAUAUGCAGGUCUACAGGAUAUGAAUUGUUAGAACAAUAGUUUAUUGAUAGUUUUAAAAGUCUUAAUUGGAUAUUUAAUUUUGUUCUUAAUUUCUAUAAAAAAUACUAUUAUAUUAAAGAUGCAUUCUGCCAGGCUCCAUUACUGUAGCGGCUUAAAUUCUCAUCUAAUUAUUUAUUAUUAUCAUUCAGAGUGUUUGACGUGUUUUUCUGUUUUGGCUACUCUACGUUGACAUAAUAAAUAUAAAAAUAUUAAAAAAAGUUCCCUGAAUGCGCAUUAUUCUGACUAACUGGUCUUAAAUCACGAAGGAUUUGCAACAUAAACAUAGAAAAAAUAAGUCAACGUACACUUAUUUGGACUAUCGAUACAGAGGCAGAUGAUACUUAUGAUUUACGAACACCUUCUAUAUAAGUGAUUUACGAGUACAGCAUAUAGUAAAACUUUAGUGAAGCUGAGACAAAUUCGGUCCAAGAACAGACGUACCAUAAAUGAAGUGUUAUAAAUGUAAAUAAAAACUAUCCUUGACUGCAAGGACUAAAGAAAUACACGGAAGUGACAUACACACAUACUCGAUCGUAUGACAAAUAAGAAGUUGAGAUAAACUUGACAUUAUGACACAGAAUGUCAAACAACUCUUCAAAUGCUGAAAACAGUCAAACGCGAUACAUUUCAAAGAAUCACAUGCCUUUUUAGCUGCAGAAUGGACCUUUAAAGUGUUUUAUUGUUACUGAGUUAUAAAACGUUCUUUGUUAUUAUUAAAUUUAGAAAUUAGA